UGCAAUCAAAUCAGUAGUCACUGCUCAAGUGAAUACAUCCAGUAAGUGAAUUCAGUGUAGAAGAAAUUCAAAAGAAAAAAAUCUAUUCAAAAUGGUUGUUAACUUCAAAGUAUUCAAGAAGUGUGCCCCAAAUGGCAAAAUCACUCUUUACUUGGGCAAACGCGACUAUGUUGAUAACAUUGCCUCGGUCGAACCAAUCGAAGGAAUUAUUGUGUUAGACGAAGAAUAUGUGCGCGAAAAGCGAAAGAUUUUCGGUCAAGUUGUGUGCAGCUUCCGUUAUGGCCGCGAAGAAGAUGAAGUGAUGGGUUUGAACUUCCAAAAGGAAUUGUAUUUGGUGUCGGAGCAAUUGUACCCACCAACGGAAAAGGUCAAAGAACCAUCGAAAUUGCAAGAACGUCUCCUCAAGAAACUCGGACCGAAUGCAUUCCCAUUCACGUUCAACAUUGCACCAAGCUGCCCAGCAUCGGUGAUUUUGCAACAAGGCCUUGAGGAAACUGGCGAACCAUGCGGUGUCUCUUACUUUGUUAAGGUAUUCAGCGGUGAAAACGAUACUGAUCGUACCCACCGUCGUAGCACUUUGACUUUGGGCAUUCGCAAAGUCCAAUAUGCUCCAGCCAAACAAGGCACUCAACCAUGCACCAUCGUUCGCAAAGACUUUUUGCUCAGCCCAGGCGAAUUGGAAUUGGAAGUAACAUUGGAUAAGCAACUUUAUUUCCAUGGCGAACGCAUCGGUGUCAAUAUUGUCGUGCGAAACAAUUCGAACAAAGUCGUUAAGAAGAUCAAGGCUAUGAUUCAACAAGGUGUCGAUGUAGUUUUGUUCCAAAAUGGUCAAUAUCGUAACACAGUUGCUUCGGUUGAAACUAGCGAAGGAUGCCCGAUCAGUCCAGGAUCAAGCUUACAAAAAACCAUGUACCUCGUUCCAUUGCUUUGCAACAAUGCUAAUCGUCAGGGAAUCGCCUUGGAUGGCCAGCUUAAACGUGAAGACAGCAACUUGGCAUCGACUACUUUGCAAGCCACUCCUGAAAAUCGUGAUGCGUUCGGAAUCAUUGUAUCCUAUGCCGUCAAAGUUAAGCUCUUCUUGGGCGCUCUCGGUGGUGAAGUCUCUGCUGAACUUCCAUUUGUUUUGAUGCACCCAAAGCCGGGAAGCAAGCCAAAGAUCAUUCAUGCCGACAGCCAAGCUGAGGUAGUCUCAUUCCGCCAAGACACCGUCGUAGAUCCACACUACGUUGAUUAACUGCACAGAUGUCACGAUGAUAUAAACUAUGGCUAUGAAAAUAUAUUAAUCUCAUAAUAAAAAAAAAAUACUCAAAGUUUGUGUGAAUGCAUGAGAAUCAGAUGUUUGGAAAAGUAUAAUCGACUUUGGUGUAUAUUAUAUUUAAUAAAAAGAAAUUCGCUCUAUUUAUUUUAUCCUUUUGAACGAAUUGAAAACAAAAUCAAA